CUUACUCGCGUUCUCCUUUCGUGAAUAUUGAAAAUUUGACUCCACAAUCGUUCUAGAGUCCAGAGACUUUGUUUGUUAGACAUCUUUAGAAAUGGACGUAGCUGAUGCCCAGAAAAAGGCCGUCCUCGCCUACCGAAAGGGCUGGAAAUCGGCUCCCUGGAUGCCUAUCUCAAAAAUGCAAGCAUACUCCGCUCGCCCAAAACCAGUCAAGGGACCACUCUUGGUCAGUAACGUAACGAUUCCACGCCCAAGCCCCAAGGAGGGAGAGAAUCUACGUUCGAAGCUCUGGGAUCUCUAUCAAGCUAAGAGUGAGGGUGUCGAGAAGCUCGACCCCCCAGCGCCCUGCGCCGACUACAAGGCCGAAUGGUUAGGGUUUCGAAAUGAUGUGAAAGACCCUAACGCCCCUCAGCCAUACGGUGCAGACCAGAAAAUAUUCAGUGACAUUGAAAAGCACGCAACAAACGACGUGACGCUUUUCUACAUCUCGGGAGGAGCUUGGUUCCGCGCGGGAUCUCCAGGCUGCCGACCUCUGAUCCAGCAACUCUGCCAUCGCAGCGGCUCACGCGCCUUUACUUUCCAAUAUCGUCUCGUGCCGCAGUAUACUCUCCCCACACUAGUGCUCGACACCUUGGUGGCUUACUUUUACUUGAUUGCACCCCCGCCGGGUUCAUUUCACAAGCCAAUCGACCCCAAGCAGAUUGUGCUAGUUGGUGAGUCUGGUGGCGGAGUUUUGCAUCUGCACUUGCUUCAAUUCCUCCAGUCUCUGCUACGUCGUUGGGAAAGAGCAGUUAUCAAUCUCAAUGGUCGUGAUAUUACAAUUGAGAUGCCUCGCGGCUGUGCCUUUGUCUGCCCAGGCGCAGACUUUGCAUUGGCACUUCCAUCUGUUGAAAAGUUCAAGCUUGUCGACUGGCUAUCAGAAGGCGCGCCGUGGGUACAGCCUGGCUUUCCAGCUGACAAGGUCUGGCCGGCUAACCCGCCCCGAGGCGACCUGCACUGUGACAACUCAGCAAUCUGCCAUCCCCUUAUCGACCCCUCUGCAUGGACCGAUUGGGAAGGUAUGCCACCUAUGUGGAUUGCCUGCGGCGAAGAAACACUUAGUGACGGAGUAAAGUUCUUGGUGAGGAACCUGAAAGCCUCAGGGGUUCCCGUCACCUUUCUACAAUAUGAAUAUAUGCCGCACGUUUGGAAUGUUAUCAUCCCGGCGCUCCCUCAGAGUAGGCAUUGCAUGAAACUGUGGGGUGAGGCUUGUCUCACUAUUGGAACCGAGGCCCACGAAAGAACGUCCACUGCCCACCUUGUCAAGCUAGGCCAGUUGGAAAUGGUUCCAAGAGACCUUGAUUCCUUGCUCGGUAUCCCGACCGAUGAAGUCUUGAAACGGAUGCGAGGGGCGAGAGAUAGACUGGCCAAGUCUAUAUGGGAAGGACCCGGGAGUGGGGACUCCAAGCUGUGAGUUAGUUUAAGCUGCCUUACUG